UGGCCCUCCAUUGUCACUCGUCGCUCCUCUGUCUGGUAAGAAGAAGGAGUGCUGCUGUUGGUAGCGCAGGGACGGACAGACAGACAGACAAAGAGCGCACGCCCAGUCAAAGCGAUUGAUAGAAGCCACGAAAAUAAAGCCCAGACGGGCGGAUAUUCGGCCGGGAAAAUAGCGCGCGCGCACAGGGCAACUUCGAGGGUCUUCCCACUGCUGCUACUACUAGUACUGCCACUAUUGCUAGGGCUACUCUACUACUCUUGAAGAUCAGAGUACGAAGGCAUCGAUCCUCGGCGACACACAAUCGAAUGGGCCACGGCAUAGGCGAGGAGCUCAUCGGCGUAGAGGAGGCCAUUGGAGCGAUUCCCAGUCUCGCACGAAGCUCCGUCGCCAAAAGCGAGUCGCUGGGCGGCGGUCUCACAAAUGACAAUGUCCUCGUGACGCUUUCCGAUGGCCGGCGCAUUACUCUGCGACGGUUCAGGAGCAGCACGACGGCGCUCCUUGGCUACGAUCGGAAGGCGGAAGAGUUCUGCGCAAGGAGGGCACACGCGGCUGGUGUAGGCCCCGCUGUGCUCGGUGCUGUUGCCGCCGCGGAAGGAGGAGGGCAUGGAGGCGCGCUCGCACUCGAAUUUGCUCCUGGGACUACAUUGGAUAACGAGAGGAUGAGGGAGAUCCUGACUUCACGAGACGGUUCACAAUCUGUGAUUACGACGAUCAGACGACUGCACGACCGGCAUCGCACCGAAGUAGACGUCCCAGCGACAAUUCCCGGUGUCUUUGACCCACUGCAGGCUCGGCAGAGAUACGUAGACAAGGCCAGAGAACUCAGACCGAAUCAGGACAUCUGGAACGGCUACAAGAAAGCAGUCGCUAGGGCUGCACCUAUCCUCGAAGCACUCGCGCACGAUUCAGAGGCCAAGGUGCCCUGCCACAACGACCUCCUUGCCGCCAACUUUAUCCUGGGCGAGGGUGAGGAUGAGGAAGACAGUCGAAGAUGGACAAUCAUCGACUAUGAGCUGGCAGCCAUGGCCGAGCCGUGCUGGGAGCUGGGCAACUUUGUCUCGGAGUGCAACCUCGACGACUGUCCGGGUGUCUUUGCGACGGUCGCCCGUGCCUACUUCACUGAGCUCGACGAAUCCGCGCGAAGGACAAAGGAGGCGCGCAUCGAGGCUUUCUCACUCGUCUCGAAGCUGACGUGGGCGGCCUGGGGCGCGCUCAUGCACCUCCAAUGCCCGCCCCCUCCUGCGUCCGGAGAAGCCUUCUCGUUUGAAGAUUGGAGCCUGGAGAGGUUGCAAAAGGCCACCGCGUACCUUCGAGACGAAGGAAGGGUCAGCCAGCUUGUGUCAGCUCUGCGUCACGGCCCUGCGUAGUCAUUGUCGUCGUCGUUCUCUCCCUCCUGCAUACCCCUUGCUAGCACGUGUGCUGUAACACCUUGUCUGUCACGUCACCACGUCGAGCCCGCGGACGCACUUAUGAUUGUGCUGACCGGCCGUCAGCCGGACGCGCCUCUCUC